UAUCUACCUCUUUUCAAGUCAAAGAAGAAAGAAUAAGAGGAAAAAAUUAAAAAGAAAAAGUGAAUAUAAUAAUAUAGAGCUACACUAGAUUACAGCUCAUGGCAUAUAUUCCCCCAACAUAACCCCACUCAUGCUUCCUUAUAUGGAGUGAGAUCAAACAACAAUUACAAUUUAUAAAUAAAACUAUAGUUGCCACAUAUUCAUACAUUAACAUAUAGUAGCUAAAAGCAUCAAAAGUAUAUUUAUAUAUGUUUCAGUCUCUAUUACAAGUAACUCUUCCAAAAAAAGCAAAUGGAUCAGCAAAACCAAAGCAUGCGUUUGGUUCUUUCUACUGAUGCUAAGCCUAGGUUGAAAUGGACUCAUGAACUUCACCAAAGAUUCACUGAUGCAAUUAAUCAACUUGGAGGUGCAGAAAAAGCAACACCAAAGAGUUUGAUGAGGGUGAUGGGGAUUCCAGGACUCACUUUGUACCAUCUUAAAAGUCAUUUACAGAAAUAUAGACUUGGCAAAAGCCAACUGGUAGAAACCUGUUCUGACAACAAACAAGAUUACAUAGAAAUCCAAAACAGUGAUGGUCAAUGCAGUAGAGAAAUCAGUGUUGGAAACCAGAACCAAACUACUGAAAGCUUGAAGAUUGCUGAGGCUCUUGAAGUACAAAUGGAAGUACAAAAGAAACUUUAUGAACAAAUUGAGGUGCAGAAACAUUUACAGUUUAGAAUUGAAGCUCAAGGAAAGUACUUACAAUCAGUACUAAUGAAGGCACAGGAAGCACUUGCAGGAUAUAGUUCUUCUUCUUCGACAACGGGUGUAGAACAUGCUAAAGCUGAACUUUCUCAGUUAUUAUCAAUAAUCAACAAUGCAUGUCCUAGUUCUCCACUUUCAGAACUGACAGAAACAAGAGGUUUUAGUUUAAACUUCGGUGAGAGGAAACAAAAUAGAGGAACUAUGUGUUCUUUAGAAAGUUCUCUUACAUCGUCUGAAAGCUCCGAGAGAAAAGAGGAAAAACAAACCAUAAAUGAGGCUGAGAACACUCCAAAUUAUAAUAGUAUUUCAGUUGAAUUGCCACUAAUGGCCAUUGAGUCAGAAGGAAGAACAUUCAGGACUAAUGCAAAUGAUGGAGGCAGUGGGAGAAAGAGAAGUGCAACUAUUGAUUUGGAUGGUAGAUGUGUUGAUCAACCAGAUGGAAAAAUAUGUGGCAAAAAACCAAGGAAAUCGGAGUUUUCACAAAUGCUUGACUUGAACAGCAAGUAUGAGAGAGACAUUGACUCAAGUUCAUUAGAAAUAGAUUUAAAUUGCAGUUCAAGCUUUUAGGUACAAUGAAGGUGGUUUCUAGUAAUAAUAUUUACAUAUGCAACAAAGUCACUCUCAGAAGAAAAUCUGUGUAUAAACUAUGUAUAUUUUAUAAUGAAAAGAAAGAAAAGAUAUAAUACUUAAAAGAUACAUCUUUCAUCACACUUUUUUUCUUUACUUAA